CCGCGGCGCCCCGGCACCCCUCUCCUCCCCCAGCGGGCUCGGCGGAGCAUUGUACUCACAUCCGGGGCUGGGUUUUGCUUUAAUGCGAAACGUAAUUAACCCGGAAAAAAGAGCCGAGAGACAAGAGAGAAGGAGGGGGCGGGGUGGGGGGAGAAGAGCAAGAGGAGCCAGAGGCACCGAGAGUUUGACUGCAAGAUAAAUCCCCCGAGAGCGCCGGCCCCGUGGGCCGGAGGGGCGCGUCCCACCCCGAUGUAAUCCACGCACCCUGCCCGAGUCCCGGCCCCUGCACAGCGGGCUGCGAAACUUCUCUGCGGGUUCUGGCGCUGGGGCCGCGGCCCCUCAACGACUGCCCGAGCUGCGGGUAGGUCUGGAGAGCAGAGUACGUCCAGGGUGAUGUGAGCAGAGCCCAGGAAUGCCUUAUGUGGAUCGGCAGAACCGAAUCUGUGGGUUUCUGGACAUCGAGGAGCAUGAGAACAGUGGCAAGUUCCUGCGGAGGUACUUUAUUCUGGACACCCAGGCCAACUGCCUUCUCUGGUACAUGGACAAUCCCCAGAAUCUGGCAAUUGGGGCAGGAGCUGUCGGAUCUUUGCAGCUGACCUACAUCUCGAAGGUGAGCGUAGCUACCCCAAAGCAGAAACCAAAGACUCCAUUUUGCUUUGUCAUCAAUGCCCUCUCUCAGAAGUAUUUUCUUCAAGCCAAUGACCAGAAAGAUCUGAAGGACUGGGUUGAAGCCCUGAACCAAGCCAGCAAAAUCACUGUACCCAAAAUUGGAAGCCUCCCGCUGACAACCGAAGUUCUCAAAAGCAUAGCAGUUCCUCCAGCCCUAGAGAAGAAGCCACAGGUGGCCUAUAAGACAGAGAUCAUCGGAGGGGUGGUGGUACACACACCUAUCAACCAGAAUGGUGGGGAUGGGCAGGAAGGGAGUGAGCCAGGGUCCCACGCCAUCCUCCGAAGGUCUCAGAGUUACAUCCCCACGACAGGCUGCCGUGUUCCCACUGCACCCCCCCUCAUUAAGAGCGGCUACUGUGUGAAGCAAGGGAACGUGCGGAAAAGUUGGAAGCGUCGCUUCUUUGCACUCGAUGACUUUACCAUCUGCUACUUCAAGUGUGAGCAGGACCGAGAACCACUGCGCACGAUAUUUCUCAAGGAUGUUCUCAAGACCCAUGAGUGUCUGGUCAAGUCGGGUGAUCUCUUAAUGAGAGACAACCUGUUUGAAAUAAUAACAAGCUCCAGGACCUUCUACAUACAGGCGGACAGUCCAGAAGACAUGCACAGCUGGAUUAAGGAGAUCGGGGCAGCGGUCCAGGCCCUCAAGUGCCACCCCAGAGAAAUGUCCUUUUCUAGAUCCAUUUCUUUGACUCGCUCUGGAAGCUCCAGCCUCUCAGGUGGGCCCAACUCUGUCUUGUGCAGAAGGCGGCCACCUGUGGAAGAGAAAAAAGCCCUCUGCAAAGCUCCCUCUGUGGCCUCUUCCUGGCAACCCUGGACACCUGUUCCCCAGGCCGGGCAAAAGCUGCUUCCAGCUGAAGAGACUCCUGAGGACUCAUUGUUCACACCUCGACCUGGGGAGAGCAAUACUGCUGGGGUGUUGCCAGGCUCCCGGAUAAGGCACAGAUCGGAGCCCCAGCACCCCAAGGAGAAACCAUUUAUGUUCAACCUGGAUGAUGAGAACAUACGGACCUCUGAUGUGUGACGAGGCAUAAUGCCCGGGGAGGAAGGGUGGGGGGACUCAAGGAAAGGAGGCCAUGACUCAGUUUCUCUGCCUGUUGGAGGACAGUCAGAGGCCUUUAUGCCACUCCUUUUCCUGUGGAUAUUCCGUUGGACAGGCCCAUCCAGCUGGCUUAAAAAAAAGUAUAUAAAUGCAGUGUAUUUAAUUUGGGAAAAUCACUAGGUUAGACCCGUAGGCAUGCUCAGUGGCGAGCAGGUUGCCUCUUGUUCCACUAUUGCAAGGUCGUCCUGGUGAGGAGGUUGGGAGUACAAUUUCGUCCUUAACCGAGUUUAAUUUCCUUGUCUUUGUUUUAGUUUCUUUUGUUUGUUUUCAGGCCAGGCACAGAAUUUUAGGCCAGCCAUCUGGUUUUAUCGUAUUUCUGUUUAUUGGCUGAAGUUUGACUGUGAAGUAGAAGGGUAGUAACUAACCUAGCUGAAAGGAGGGAGGGGUCGUGGAAGACUCAAGCUCUGGCUUCACUGGGAUACAUUCUGAGGGGAGGUAUUAAAAUCUAAGGGCUGGCAGUGGCCCUCAGAAUGUCUACUGGGGCGUAUGCCCCCCCAGGAGCCUCCAUAGGGGAAGAAAUGGAGACCUCUUAUAAGAUAUAGGGAAUGAUUGAACCCCAGUGCAUCAGCCAGUUUUGGGAAUUACUCUGCUCUCAUUUAGAUGUUCUUUGACCCCAAAUAUUGUCAGUGUGAGUGACAGACUUGCCCACUCUGGUUUCUGUGCCCAGCCCCAAGGAUGGGUUUAUCAGUGUUAAAUGUUAUGACUGUUGAGAACAGAAUAGACAUUUCCCUUAAUAUGAUGUUAGUGGGAAAGUAUGAAGGGUUGAUAAAUUGAUAAGUGUAUGUUAAUUCACUCGUGUGAUAGAUCAGAUCUUUAUGUCGGAGUUUUAGAUUUGCUUUGAAGCAGGUGCUGGGGAAGAGCUGGAUUCUAGUUCAUCCAGCUAAGUUUUUUUGAUCCAUGUUUUAUAGACAGAAGGAAAGGUCUGUUUUAGCAAAGACAGAUGAUCUUGAAUCCUUGCCUCACAGCUCUUUUUUAAUGGGCCAACAUUAGUCUAAGUUUCAGUGAUGUAUAUUGUAUACCCUGGCAGAUUUGCUUUCCUUCUAUUCUUUGUGUUGCCCUUUGAAUGAAGCCUUGUGUACUGCAUGACCUGACUUGUAACCUGAUGAGGUUCUGUGUACUUAGGAGUAGAGAGAUACAAAGAUAAUCUUGAGAGAUAUUUAUAUUUUUAAUAAAAUAGAAACUGCAUAACCACAUUGAUUAGAGGCUGUGCAUUGCUGACUAGAGAUUUCUCUGGUAGAAGAGCAUAGAUUGCAUUUCCCACCCAUGUUUUAUGGUGUAUCUUCUUCCAUUUGACAAGAAGAUACUAUUUCCAGGGCUCCUGGGAGGAUCUGUCUAUCCAGGCUACGUGGUGAACUGCUACCAGGAACUUACCAGGGUUCCCUAAAGAGAGAAAACUCAUUUCUAUCUUAACUUUUAACAGCUAGAUCAAUUAAUGGUAUCUUUAAAUUAAAAAAUAAUGAGUAGAGGAAGAGGCUAAGAGAAGCAUUUUUACCUAAGUAAAUGAAUCCCUCCCCUUCCUUAUGUCCAAAUCUAAUGCAGAGGUGAAAACAUGUGAUCAGAGAAUUCUUAGUGGCUUGAGGGAAAUCUUUCAGGCAGUGUAGUCAUGAAGACUGAGUCAUGUUGAGAACUUCUCUUGACUGCACUGCAUUGGAGCUAUCCUUCACUUAAAUUGUGUGGCCUAGUGGUGCUGGUGUAAAAAAGGAAAUUUGCUACUGGAUCUCUCACUUUUUUCUUUUUUUCUGCAGACUCUUGUGUUCUUUUGUCAUCAGAAAUCCUCGAUUUGGGAAUUAUUUAUUUGAGUGGUAGAGGUUACAGUAUACUUAAAGUAGUCUGCUUUCAAGAAAUCAUUCCAGAUUCUUAAAGCUCCUUAUCUUUGGUUUCAUCUUCCAAUUUUCCUCAAGAAAAUUAUUUGGCUAGGUCAAAGGGAGUGCACCAUGAGUGGUACUGAAUUAAUGAAGAUAAAUUAGGGACUUUUGAGAUUCCUUUAAACAUUCCCUAACUCAUGGAAAGUUGUCAUCUUUUGUUGUUUAAAUUAUAAAAACUACCCAUUUCUCUCUCUUUUUAAAAAUAAACUCUGCUACAUUACUACUGCUAAAUUAAUUGGCUAUUAUAGUAAGCUGAUAUGUUUCUUAUUCAUUAAGGUCUAUUUUGAGAAUGUGUUGCAUACUUACAAAUCCAGAUUGUAUUAUCAUAAUAGAGGGAAAACAGAGGCUCGAGUCAGCAAAUACUUGGGAAUUCUAAGCUAGAAAGAAAAUUUUUAAUGUAGUUCCAACAUGAGGUAAAUAUAAUUAUCUUCAAUGAAGCCUAAAAGCAUUCUCAUUCCCAAGCCUCAUUUCAGAAUUCCUUUUGUGUCCGUAUUACUUACCUUCUGGCCAAUUUCAUAUCAUAGCCUUUUAAUGUCAUUACAUAUGUGAGCCAAAGAUGGUGCAUAUACGACCAAAGCAUUUGGUUUUAAAUGUAUGAAAUGGAACCAAAUGGAAAAAAUAGGGUCGGGAUGCAGUGUAGGUUAGUAGUUAAAUGCAUAGGCUCUGGUAAAUCUGAGUCGUCCUUGUGGUGGGGUGGUGUGGUGUGUGUGUGUGUGUGUGUGUGUGUGUGUGUGUGUGUGUGUGUGUGUGUGUGUGUGUGUGUUUAAGGUACCAAAAAAAAGAUACUGCAUUUUCCUUGUGAAAUAAAAAUCUUCUCUGAGUUGUGCUGUUCUCAUAAGACUUUUGAAGGGGUGUUGAUCCACUAUGUGUAACAGUAUUUCAGGUGGUCUUCCUUAUAGCUGAAGUAUUUACAAUCCAGUGUUCUUGGAAGCUUCAGGAUUUGCAAACUCAAGGUCAGUUGAUGGUUGGUAAACAUAGUUGGGCCUUUUACAUUCUGUGAGACAUCAUACAUGUACAUGGAGUAGAGUGACUUCAGGUUGAAAUAUUGGAAUUGCACAUCUGCUUCUGAGUAGAAUGCCGAACUCCCAUAAGAAAGAGUAGGUUUAAGAUCCAGCUUCGUACUUCAUUUGAAGCAAAUGAUUUUUUUUUUCUUUCUGAAUAUCACUCCUCUGAUAUAGGUUAAAAGGACCCAAUAAAUAAAUAGCAGUUCCAGUAGUUGUGUAGUGGGAUUUGAUAGUUGUUUUCACUGUUAGCCAGAUAAACAGGUGUAUGGAGGUAACAGUAUUUUGGAAAUGAAGUUUCCCAAAUCAACUUUGUUUGUAAACUUUGAACAUGUUAGAAAUGGACAUGUUUAUUAAACCUUUUUCUACCAGUGUCACUUUUUCCUUUAUUCUCUUUUCUGUGUUAUUGCCUGCAUCGGUCAAUUACAGUCACUCAUGCUAGGUAGAGUUUGAACUGUUCAAUCCCUUUCCCCACUGCUUAAGACGUUGUGGCAUGAUUUUGUGUUUUGAACCAGUAUGUUUCAGCUGUGAAAUGCACUCGCUGUAAGCACUGAGCUGAGUGCAUGGAAACUGUUAUGCUUCUCAUUUUAUCUGAUCUCUUAAUUGGUAUGUAGCAAAAAAUAAUUUUCUAAAACUGUUUUGUUGCUUGUUUUGUAAUAAAACCACAUGAAAUCCUGAAA